UCGCAUUGACGGAUUCCAUUUCAUUAUUAAAAUCACUGUACUUUUAAAAUUAAACAUAUUCCUACCCUCUCUAGAAGCUGAUGUACACUAUAAAGAAUAGAAUGAAGAUUAUUAAUGUCUGCAACGAACAGUCUACAGAACGAAACUCUGCCUGUUAUAUUCCCUCUUUUUUCGCCUCUGGUUUGUAGCACACGGAGCAAAACAGCACAGAGAGCUCGUAAAAUAUACACAGAUCAGUGAGGAAAAGCUUGCUUUUGUCAAUAUAGAAGAAUGCACUCUUUGGCUCAGGAAAGCAGUGGUGAGUCAGGACAAAUAGAAGAAAUGCCCGAAAGUCUGUUACAGCGAUCGGAUUCUACUAAUUCAGAUGAAUUUUCUAAUAUUCCGCAUAUUUUACCUCGAAUUGGAGACAAAUAUCAAGUCAAUGUACCACCAUUUAAACCCCCAGUGAACUGUUAUCAACCUAGAGUGGCUGAAAGUUUGAAUUUUAAGGGUAACAAGGAUGAGAACAUUGAACAGUGGCUUAUAGAAGGAUUGUCUUUGCCAAUAAUGCAGAUCUCUAGUUUUCACCCCUCAGUUAGUGUAAAGGAGUGCCAGAAGACGUAUGUGAAUGGGCCAACCAUUGCCAAUGAACAUGCCCUACAGGAUUACUUGUCAGUUGUAUCUGUUAAAAGUAAAACAGAUGGUGUACUGCAUCAACAUGAUUUUUUCCAGCUAACAGACGAAGGAUGUGUCCAUAAUCUGAGUGACACUACCCAAUUAACAGAGCACAACAUAGAUUCUUCUAUUAUAAAUAUCAAAACAGACAUCAUAAGAGCAGAGGAUAGUUCUUUGACAGCCAAGAAUGUGCCUGAUGCAUUUGACUAUGGCAUAGGGCAACGAAGAAAAAGGAGCAGGGUAAGUUGGAAGAGAGUCAAGAAAAUCAAAAUUGAUUUUUUGGACCCCAGUAAACAGAGUUAUGGUUCUAGAUGCCAAAAUCCACUUGAAAUGAUGCAUAACAUAGAAGACACAAAUUCAAGAAGUUACAUGAUAGUGCCUGGUAGGUCAAGUGCACCCUGGAGUAAAAUUGAGGAAGAUCUGUUUAUCCUUGGGCUCUAUAUUUUUGGGAAAAAUUUCAAUCCUGUGAAGAGGUUUGUGCAGACCAAAGAAAUAAAGGAUAUUUUAUCAUACUAUUAUGGAAUAUUCUUCAGGACAGAGUCAUAUUGCAGAUGGGCAGAAUCUAGGAAGACAAGAAGCAGAAAGUGUAUCCAGGGGCAGCGCAUUUUCUCUGGAUGGAGGCAACAGGAAUUGUUGACACGCCUGCUUCCACACAUAUCUGAUUCUUCCAAAGAUGAGGUCCCAGAGAUAAUGAAGCAAUUCAAUGAGGGAAGAAUUUCUAUGGAAGAGUUUGUUACAAAGUUGAAAGGUUUAGCAGGAUCAGAGGUGCUUGUACAAGCUGUGGGAAUUGGUAAAGGUAAACAGGAUCUUACCAGAGCACUCAUAGAUCCAGCAAAAGCGAACCAAGUCCUUUCCCGUUGUAAAAUUCCAGUAGGCAAGGCAUGCUCCUCUCUUUCCACUGAAGACAUACUCAAAUUUUUGACUGGAGAUUUCAGGCUUAGCAAAGCUCAAAGAGAUGACUUGUUUUGGGAAGCUGUGUGGCCUCGUCUCCUGGCUAGAGGAUGGCAUUCUGAACAGCCAGAGAACCAGGUUUUAUUUGGGCUUAGACAGUCUUUGGUAUUUCUUAUCCCAGGUGUGCAGAAGUUUUCAAGGAGAAAACUCACCAAAGGAAUACAUUAUUUUGAUUCUGUGAGUGAAGUUUUAAGGAAUGUGGCUUCAGGUCCAAUGAUGCUUGAACUAGAAAGUGAUCUCAUGAGUGAGUCGGAAGGGAAAACUGAAAUUCUGUCCACUUCUGAGAAUGGAGAAGUAGAAACUGGGCAUGUGGAACAUUCCCAUACCUAUCUUCAACCAAGAUUUUACACAAAGUAUUCAGACUCUUGUAUGUUUACUGUAGUUGAUACCAGCCUGACAUCACAACCUGAAAAACCACCUAGAACACAAAGGAGAGUGACAUUGUCUUUGGCUAAUAACUCAGAGAUGUUCCAGAAGGUAUCUUUGGAAACAGAAGAGGAGAGUUAUUCAGCAUCACACCUAACUGAGCAAUUUGAAGGUUGCAAAUGCUGUUUAGUGGGGGAUGUGUUGAAUAGUAAACCAGACAAGUCCACCACCAUUGCAAUUAAUAAUAAAAAUUCAGAUGAGAAAAUCAAGCUUUACGGAACACUGGAGGCAUCAAAUCCUGAUCAGAAUGAUGCUCUGUCCUCAUCGUGGGAGCAGAGUAGAUCAAAGUUACUUAGUGACUGCAAAGAUGAUACUGUAUAUGGUAAUUCAACAAAAGCUGGCAGAUCAAAAGUUAAAGGAGCAAUACUUAUAUUGAACAGUAAGGAAGAAACUUAUGAAGCCACUUCAGAUGCAAACUCAUCAAAAAGAGUCACAACCAUAUCAUCUUCAAGUCAAAAAAGUCCUGAGAGAAGCAUUUGUAUUAGUCUUUCGGCUGGAGAUUCUUUUUCUGCACAUAACAUCAGCAACACUUUACCAAAUUCUAGGGGAUGCAGAGCAACAUCUGAGAUGGGUUUAGGCUUACAGUUGCUCCAAGUUCAACCAGAAAACACGGAUACAAAUUAUAUCCUUCAAACAGGCAGUGAAGUUUUGAAUGGUUCAGAAACUGAAGAAAAUGCUCAUUAUGGUUCAAGUUCUCAAUGCCCUACAGGAGAGCCUGCUAAAGUAUCAACAGUUUUACAGGCCUCAUCACACUUAACUUCUGGUCCAAAAGAGAGCAAAUCUACUGAGCCACAAGAAAACAAUGCAAGUGCACUACUAGAGAAUGCAAUCACUAUACGCAGGCAAAGUAUGAGGGUUCGGCCCUUGACUGCAAGAGCGUCAGAAGCAUUUGCAAGUGGAUUUUUUGACACUAAACGGCGGAAAAAGAGUGGUGAGAAAAUGCUGAAUUCAUACCCCUAUCGAACCAAAUCUCUUUGCAGACUGAUUGGAGAUGAAGUAACUGCUUCAUUCAAUGCUUGUAGGUCAGAGAGUUGAAAUAUCUGCAUCUGGAUUACAAGAAUGGUAUCUAUGCAAGGUACUCGUAACAAUGGUGGUUGAUUAUGUUAAUAAUUCUGAAUUUGUUUACCAGAGGAAAC